CAUAGACCCAGUAGCGUUCGGCGUCAGUGGGUUGUUGCUAUGGAAGCGAUUCUAACAAACCUGGAGUGAUGGACGAUCCGGAUUUCUUAAACUACGAUGCCUCGAGACUGAGGAUUGAGCUGGAGCAGGAGAAGCAAAUGAUGGAAAUGCUGGUGCAGUCAUCUUUUGAAUUGAGGAAUACUGUUGCUGAUCUUGAGAAAAAACUGGACACAGUUGAAAAUGAAGGUAAUGAAUGGAAAACCAGGUUUGAAACACAACAGGAGCUUAACAGGCAACUUGAAAGACAGAUUACUGUCCUCCAAGAAAAACUUGAAGAUGUCGGUAAUCCCAUUGAUAGACUUUCUUCCAUACGCUCAUAUGAAGAAAUGCCAGUGGGAGCUCAGAAACAGUUGCUUAAGCAAUUAGAAACAGAAAAGAAGCGUUUACAGAGCCAGCUUAAAGAUUACUCAAUAAGAAUAGAGCAAGAAUCCAAGGCUUAUCACAAAGCAAAUGAGGAGCGUCGGGCCUAUCUUCAUGAAAUUUCACAAGCUACAGCCAUAAUAGAAGCAAACAGGAAGCAUCAUGUGACUGAAGCAAGUGAAAUGCAUGAAAAUCAAAAAAGGUCCAACUACAGUGUGCCAGCUAAUAAGAGAACUUAUAAUGCCAAACAGCAAGCACUUAAGAAGCAAUCUACAGUAUUACCACUGCCAAAGUUAAAGCACUGAUGGGGAAUAUGCUUGUCAUUUUAUCGUAAUGCUGACGAAAACAUUUCAUGAGAUUGUGUAAUUUUUUUUCUACUUUGAUGUCAAAUUUUUAUUGUAAUUGG